CAGACAGACACUUGGUCCUCAAAGCCCAAGACGAAGUGCAAGGAACAUGUUUUUCUCCUGACCAGCUUUUACAGCGGACAAGUGGCUACAGAUUUAAAGAAAAAAAAAAAACUAGUGCAAGAGGAUCUGAAGGAUGUCCAAUCAGAGUCAUCGUUCUCGAACCUCCAAGGUGCGACAGCAUGUCCACUGUGAUUCCUGCUACAGCCGGCGCUGCAGGGCUCGGGUGGAGGUCUCCGUGUGCUGUGCAGUCGUCCCCUGCCGUAUGCACUGUGGAGCUCUCUUCCACCUGUGCAAAGAGGAGGAUCACCUGCUGCUCUGCCCUAAUGUGAGGGUGCCUUGCCUCAAUGCUGGGUAUGGCUGCCCGGUCCACCUGCCCCGCUCCUCGCAGGCAGCUCACCUCCAGGUGUGUCCAGCCAGUGUGGUGUGUUGCUCCAUGGAGUGGAACCGCUGGCCAUCCAAUGAUGCUCAUUCUCAUCCAAACACAGUGCUGCAUGAAAACCUGCUUAGAGAGAGAGAACAGGAUGGAUGUCUGGACCUGGCCAUGGCCCUGAAAGAGCAGGACCGCUUGUUUCACUCCAUGAAGAUGAAGAAACUGUUCCCUGAGCUCGUCCAGAGUGUGGAUGAGGAGGAGAAAGAAGAAGAGAGGAAGGAAGAGGAGAGGAUGAGGGAGGAGGAGAGGCAGAAAAAGGCCACCUUGAAGUCAGAGGCAGCAAAGGAAGCUGGUGCUCACACCUGGAAAUCCUUUAGCAUGUUUAACAUCCAUACACCUGAUGAAAAAGAUGUUGAGGAUGAGGAUGAGGACGAGGAUGAGGAUGAGGAUGAAGAUGAGGUUGAGGCUAAGGUUGAGGUUGGAAAUCAACGGGUGCUGACUCAGGAGGAGAGAGAGGCUCUUGCCAGGGCCUCAGGAGUGCAUGCUGAUCUGUUAGAAAACUACAACGCCUGGGAGCGCAUGUUCACUAUGGAGAUGGGGGGCUGCAGAGAAGCUGGAGAAGGGACAGCUGUGGCAGGCACCGGGCAGGGACGGGCUAAAGAUACAGGAAAAGGCCUGGGCGCUCUGACCAAGGAAGAUACAGCAGCACCCACACAGCCAGAUACCUGUAUGGCAUCCUCCUCCUGUCAAACUGGCAAACUGAGGAAGAAAAAGUUUGAGUAUAAACCUUUGGAACCAAUGAAGAUUAUCAUUGUGCGUACAUUUAAAAUCCCAACCAGUUUCUCUGCCAGGCAGGGCCGCAUCCGCAAUCCUAGUUUCUACAAGAGAAAGAGUCAAGCUGUGGAUACCAGCGACCUGGGGGUGGCUCCAGAGGAGAUGCCGGUGUGGGAGGAAGUUCAGGCAUCUCUGCUGUGUUCCCUGGAGAGGGAACAGAGGGGUCACCUCAUUGCAGAGAGCGUGUGCACAGAUGGUCUGUUACAAGACGAAGGCACACAGACCUACAGCUUCCUGUCCGCUCCUUUCCGGAGAAACACAUCGCUGGCUGAUCUGACAGCUGGAAAACCACUGGAGCUGCACCUUCAGCUGCAGGUGGAGAGCGUCACCAGCCGACACCACAAGGCCAGCUCCGCCUUCACCUUCAUCUGCGGACACACCUUCCAGCGCAGAGAAUAUGGCAAACAUUAUAAGAACAUCCACAGUGACAUCCAGAUGAAUGUGAAUGGUUGGUUCCAGCAGAGAUGCCCCCUGGCGUACCUGGGCUGCACCUACAGCCAGAGGAGGUUUCAGCCCUCCACACAUGAAGCCGCCGUCAACUACAUUGAGGAUCUGGGCUGCUUUAGCCUGCAUCCCACCAUACCUGUCUCACUCUGUGACGCCUCACAGCCUUCCAGGAGCUCAGUGGACUCGUCUGCCACUCAGAGAAGGAGAGGAAGUCAGGAAGGAGGAGAGGACUCUCUGAGCUCGCUGCCCUAUGAGGUGCUGUGCCACAUGGCUAGUUUCUUGGACAGUCUGUCCCUGUCCCAGCUGGCUCUGGUGUCCAGGCUCAUGAGGCAGGUGUGCUCCUCUCUGCUGCAGGAGAGAGGGAUGGUCACCCUCCACUGGGAGAGAAAGAUUUACUCACAUGGAGGAGCCAAGUGGAGGGUGAAACACAAGGUGUGGCAGUUCAGCACCUUGUUCUCUCCUGUGGACUCUUGGUGCUUCCGGGACGUGCCGCCCAUUUCGGAGCAUCUAAAGGUGUGUCCCUACUACGAGAUGGAGACCAGAACAGAGAAGAUUCGCCUACCACAUUUUAGAGGAGAAGUCCAAACCAACACAAGCUGCAAAGCUCCCACUCUGGUUAGUUUGUUCCAGCAGAAGAGGAUCAUAGGGUGAUAUGCCUCUGUAUACUGCUCUGAUCUGUUAUUAUAAAACAGCCUGGUUUGGGUUCUACCAGGGACAACACUUAUUUUUUUUCUCUCCCUAUAUUCCUUGUUGCUGCUGUCCACUGUCACUUGAAAAUAAAAGUGAAAAUGCCAUUAAAAAGAACAAAAACUGGAGUUCUGGGGAUUCA